ACCAGAGAGACAGGAAUUAAAACAACCUUUAAAAUGAGGACCAUGUGUGCGGCUGUAUGUCUUUUGUUAUUUCUGCUAUCGGGGAAUGGCGGGCAAGCCUAUAGAAACUCAACAGCUGAAGAUACUAAUGGAACACUCUUAGAACAGACAACAGAAGGUAAUACAGCUUGGAGUCUGACCAAUGGCACAGCUAAAGAGUCCAAUAAAAAUGACCCUUACUGCGAUCACUAUUCAGAAUUCUGUCAUGCAUACAAGCACAAUUGGACCCAUCUUUUCUGUUAUAAUGUUAUUAUUGAGUUUGUUUGUUGGACAAAAUUCAACCAAAGCAUGUAUUCCCUGGAUAAGGGGAGCUGGUGCACAUGGAAUAAUGUCAGCAGCCUCUACAGUAAUUAUACUCACUGCACAGAAAGAAUGGCUGACUGUUUAGGAAUUCCCUGGCCGAACAAGUUAAUAGAAGAUCAGUUUGUGCACCUCCACUCUGAAUAUUUCAAAUACUGCGACUUCUUUAAUGUAUACACAGACCCACCAGAGAAGAUAGUGCUAGCUCUCAUUCUGACACCGAUCUCCAUCAUACCACUGAUGGUAGCUCUGGUAGUCUGGAAGACUAAAAAUGGUAAACCCGGCUCAUAAAAGGGUACCUGUUUAUGUUCAUCUUUUUCUAUAUUCUUCUUAUUUCUUAGAAAUAAAAAGACCUGCCUUUCUUAACUGGAAAGCAAAUGAAAGGAUUUUAGUCCAAACUCAUAAAAGAAGUGCUGCCAAUGAAGGCUUUAAAACCAACCUUUUUACCUCUUGUCAUUAUCCACAGUUAUUGCUGAUCUUGUUUUCUCUUUUAAACUUUAGUUGUUUUAAUUUGGGAAGUGCCGAUGUCAAACACCACCUUAUAAAAUAAAAGAAAAUACAUUGGUUCAAUUUUUUAAUGCCAUCAGGGUCUUUUUAGCCUUGCAACAUCAUUGACCAUUGACGACGCAAAUCACUUUGCUAAUCUAGUGUCUUUCCAUUUUAUUGUCUUAUGUGCAUGCAUACUGUAAAAAAUAAACAUUGUAUCUACUGUAA